CCCACCUUACAGUUUUCCGUUUUCCUGCCUCCACAAAUGGAAGACUGUUCUCACGCCUUCCAUUGAAGCGAAGUCCUCCACCGCUUGAGAGCUUGCCGGCGAUCGUCUCUCUUCCAUUCCACCGCCCCGACACGACGAACCCACCUCCCUCUUCACUCGGAUAUUAUAAUUCCUACCAUCGUCGCCUUUGAAUCACGAUGAUGCAGGAUUUACUGGCUUCUUCUCCUGAUACGACCAGCUUGAGCUACUGGUUGAACUGGAGGGUGUUGCUAUGUGCAACGUGGGUUUUAGUGCCUUCCGUUGUGGCAGUGUAUAUUAUAUGGAAAUACGAAGGUUUGGAUCAUUUGGGAUCUUGCAGCAGGGAGGAGAAAAAACUUCAGCAAGAGAAGGAGAAACCCACUUUGUCACACAGUGAUGCUGUUUGGAAGCCGUGUCUCGACCAAAUCCAUCCUAUUUGGUUGUUGCUUUAUCGGGUUGUGUCGUUCUCUGUGCUUCUGGCGACUAUGGUUGUAAAGCUUUCCAGCAGUGGAGCUCGCAUGUAUUUCUAUUAUACACAGUGGACUUAUAAUCUUGUGACAGUCUAUUUUGCGCUUGGAUCACUGCUCUCGGUUUAUGGAUGUUACCGAUUUCACAAGUUGAGGGUCCAUUAUGAUCGAAGGGAUUACGAGCAAGGGUAUAUUGCCCCUCUACUAACUGAGGAAAGUACAGAUGUUCGUGAAUUGAGGAAAAAAGCAAACGGCGGAGGAGAAAUUUGUAUUCAAGAAAUUCCUAUUGUUUACUACAUAUUUCAAACCAUAUACCAGAUAUGUGCUGGAGCAGUUGUUUAUACUGAUUCCAUUUACUGGUUCAUUAUAUUUCCAUUUCUUAACAUUGCAGAUUACACUGUCAACUUUGUAACUAUAGACAUGCAUACGCUCAACGCAGUCUUGCUCAUUGGUGACAUGGCUAUGAAUAGCUUGCCAUUUCAUUGGUUCCGGAUAGCUUACUUCAUUCUGUAUACCGCUUCUUUCGUCCUUUUCCAAUGGGCUGUUCAUGCCUGUACAUCUAUUUGGUGGCCAUACCCAUUUUUCGACUUGGCUUCACCUUAUGCUCCAUUGUGGUAUCUACUAAUGGCGUCUCUCUCGGUCACAUGCUAUGGGCUAUAUGUGCUGGUUUUCAAGAUUAAGCAUUUCCUCCUCUCAAAAUGCUUCCCCCAAUCCUAUCAUUGCUUGACAUAGUCCCAAACACAUAUACCUGAUCUGUCAAGGUGGCGGUCAAUCGAUCUAGCACUGUGUUCUUCGUGGGUGAUUUCAAGAUUGUGCGCUCUAGAAUUCAUCAAAUGGAGCUUCCAAGUUAUAGGCAGGAUGCAGAAUUGCAGUAGAGAUUCUUAAGAGCAGGGGAGCUAUUAGGCUAGAAAGUGCACAGAUUUGGAGAAUGCUUAUGCUGAAAGACCAUUUCCCCUCUACAUGGGGUUUAAGCUGGUCUUCUGUUUCCCUGUAUCUAAAUCAAACCAUUUUCCGUUCUGAUAUAAUAACAAAAUCUUGUAGGAACUGUGACGAAAACUCGUGGAUAGAAGCAUAUACCAGCUUCAUCAUCAAAAAGCAUAAUAUAUGAGCCGUAACAUUACAAUAUAUCUAUACAAAAAGUGUCGGCAAUUGGCAUCUCCAUUCGACCAUCAAGUUUACCAAAAACAAGCAGGGCGCCUUGAACAAACACCAUGAACAACUCCCUUCAGAAAUAUGUCAAGCUCAUAGCUUUUACAAACCCAGUAAACAAUGGAACUUGACAUCUCAUAACAGUUCCAAGACCAUGAAUUUUCUAAUUGUUGGGCUUCACGGCGUCUCCUCGAUACACCCUCCACGGACCAGUAUAGAACUUCGGAGUCAUCAGAGGCACAACUUCCCCUGGGUGUUCUUCCCAGUACUUCUCCUUGUAACGCUGCUCGGUAAUGGCGGCGCCGACGACCCCUGUGUAGAAGGCGGCGACGUAGAUGGUGACGAGAGGGGUGAAAGAUUUGGGCCGACGGUAGGGAUCGAUCAUAUCCCAGAGAAUCGUUCUCUCCCAUUUCGUGUACAGAUAAUCCGCGUAUUUCCUCCAUAGAUAGCUCGUCAUUUUGCCGCCGGCGGAGGAAGAAGAAAUAGGAAUGAAAACUGGGAGUGUCGAAAGAGAAAAUAG